GUGUUCAAACAAAUACACAAUGUUAUCGACUUACCUAAUUGUAUUCGUUCUUCUCUUCAGUGGUUUCAAGGCCAAUAAAGAGGCAGAUUCUCUGAUUCAAAGAAAUUGCAAGCGUAUAUCAGUCAUUCCAAGCGUGAUGGAUUCAGAAAAUAUCCUUAAGCUUUGCAUCACAUCUCUUAAAGAGAAUCCAGAGACCAAGAAAGUGAGAAAUAAGAUUGAAUUGGUCGUGGUAGGUACGAAUAACGCGAUGUCUAACAUAACAAACAUGAAAAGAACUGUGGAGAAGUUUAUAAAAGAGAAGAGAUAUAAGAGUAGGCUUAUUAAAAAGAAGUUGGAGGUUUGUCUUAACCAUUACCAAGAUGGCUAUGAGUGGCUAACCUCAGGUUUGAAUUACGUCAAAGAGAAGGAUCUUGAGUUGGCUUCAGAUGAUUUGGGGAUGGCAAAUAAGGCAGUAACCGAUUGCGGAGAGAGAUUCAGAAAAGGCGAAAUAAAUCCCUUUGAAAAAGAGAAUAACGUCCUCUACGUAAUGACCAAUAUUGCUUACAUGAUUAGUGCGAUGGAUGAUUGUGAGACGAGCAAAGGCGGUUGCACGUAGAGACUUACGGGGGGCACGUGCCCCGAUCUCUUUUUUAUUUUCCUUCCCUAGUUUACAUUGACUUUGUGAAAGGCUCUCAAUGUAAGCUCAAGAACUUGGAGCUUGAGAAGCUAUUGCAGUGGUGGAGUUUUGGUUCGUAUACACAAUUGUAAGUUCGAGAUACAAUGAGAACAGAAGGCACAAAGUAAUUCCAAGAACAAUAUAUAUUUUUUUAGAAAUCCUUUACACAAUCUCUUACAGACUCCGAAUUACACGACUCGACACGGAUCAAUUUCUAACACACCUAUCUUGCUUGACUCAACCCCUGUUGAUCAAGUCUAUCAAUUCACUCAGCUCUGAAACCCCAAAACUCUUUUGUGUUUCUUUCUGAGAAUUACAACGUG